CGCAGAUACAGGAGCAGUCCGUUUCAGAGCCUUUACCUGUCAGCGGCCGAUCGGACCGCCGCGCUCUCUCCUGUCCUCAUUCUUCUUCUGUGAAACAUGACCGUGAAGCAAAUGGACCAGGGCCAGCGUUACCGGCCAAGGAUGGCAUUCCUCAAGAAGAUCGAAGCGCUUUUGCUGGAGAUGCAGGAUGGAGAGACGGGAAUCAAGAUGCACACCCAGAGACUGAUGAUAACCACAAUCCCCCACGCCAUGACAGGUCAGGAUAUACUGGAGUGGAUUAUUCAGAGGCUGCAGAUCACAGAGGAAGAGGCCCAACACCUUGGCAACUUAAUGGUGAAGUGCGGCUACAUCUACCCCCUGCAGGAACCAACUAACCUUAUUCUCAGAGCCGAUGCCAGUCUGUACCGAUUCCAGACUCCUUAUUUUUGGCCGACGCAGCAGUGGCCAUCGGAGGACACAGACUACGCGAUAUAUUUGGCGAAGAAGAAUAUUCGGAAAAAGGGGUUUUUGGAGGAAUACGAAAAGGAAAACUACAGCGCUCUUAACAAAAAGAUAAACCACAAAUGGGAUUUUGUCGUCAUGCAGGCGAAGGAGCAGUACAAGGCUGGGAAGGAACGGAAGAAAUCCGACCGCGUGGUUCUGGACUGUCAGGAGAAGGCUUACUGGCUGGUUCACAGACCCCCUCCGGGAGUGCUGGACGUUCUGGACUAUGGACUGGACCGAGCCACUGACCCCAACGUUUCCAAGAAGAAAACCGUGGACUUCCACAGGAGAGAAAUCAUGUAUUAUCAGCAAUCACUAAUGAGAUCCACUGUGAAGUCUUCAGUGUCACUGGCUGCGCUGUUGAAGUACUGUGAGCAGUAUUACUCCCACGACCCCAUCAUGUCUGGCUGCCUCCCCAGUAACCCCUGGAUCACGGACGACGCCAUGUUCUGGGAGCUCAAUGCAAAACUGGUGGAGAUUCCCACCAAGCUGCGCGUGGAGCGCUGGGCCUUUAACUUCAACGAAUUGAUCCGCGACCCGAAGGGCAGACAGAGCUUCCAGCAGUUCCUCAAAAAGGAAUUCAGCGGAGAAAACAUGAGUUUCUGGGAGGCCUGCGAAGAUCUGAAGUACGGAGACCAGUCUAAAGUCAAGGAGAAAGCGGAGGAGAUUUAUAAGCAGUUCCUGGCUCCCGGGGCUCGGCGCUGGAUUAACAUUGACGGUAAAACCAUGGAAAUCACGGUGAAGGGACUGAAGCACCCGCAUCGCUACGUGCUGGACGCCGCGCAGACGCACAUCUACAUGCUGAUGAAAAAGGAUUCGUACGCGCGGUAUCUGAAAUCCCCCAUCUACAAGGAGAUGCUCGCCAAGGCGGUGGUGCCGCAGGAGACCAAGAAGAGGCAAGUGGCUCGCGUUAACUUCCCGUUCAUGCGCCGGCACCGGCGGUCCAGCCCGAGCCCCGUCAUUCUCCGGCAGCUGGAAGAAGAAGCCCGAGCCAAGGAGGCCGCCAACUCCGUGGACAUCACACAGUUGUGCCAGUACACAGCUCCAGUCCCUCACCUGACCGUCUACACCGGUACCUGCGCCCCUCCAUCUCCAUCCAGCCUCUUCCUAUCCUGCCACCCUGCGGGGGAUCCAGCCUCUCCUUACCCCGGACGCACCAUCCCCCUGCCAAACUGCACCGCCUGCCCGUCGCCCAUUAGCGUAGCUAUAGAGAGCACCCCGGGAGUGGAGAGAAAGUGGGACUCCAACGAGAACCCGUCUCCCACCCACAACACGGACUCCUCGCCGGGGUCGGAGAAUCACCUCUGCGUGCCGACGGAAUUGAAAACGACUCAGCGAUCCAAAGUGGCGCUGUCGUUCAGCAAGCUGCUGAAGAGAGGCUGCUCAAACUCGCCCGUGUUUGCCACACUUUCACCCAAGUGCCCCGCGGUGAAUAACGGCAAAGUUCAGCCGUUAAACGAGUUGGAGGAACAGCUGCAGCAGACUUCCAAGAAGGUGACCAACUUUUUCCAGAUUAAGGUGGAUAUUCCCUCUGAAAGCCGGAUCUACCCGAUCGACUCCGAGGAGGAGGAGGAAGACGGCCAGCCGGCCUGCAAGGAGUCCAUCCAGGAGGUGAUUUGCCCGUGGGAGAACGUCAUCGAGGAAGGUAAAGCCGGGUAAACGCGCGUGGCCUUCGGAUAAGCCAAGGAUUGGGGUCUUCGGUGCUGUUACGUCCAGCGGCCGGGAGCCCCUCUACACAAAAAGUGCAUUAGGAUCCGUAAUGAAUCCAGAGCCUGCCUGCCUUCAUUAACCAGUUCACUGCCAGACGAAGACCGAGAUGCCCCUCUAUCUCGCAGUAUUAGCCAAAAACAGACUCCUGCGUCAGCAUGCCCUUCCGGCCACAGACGGACUAAGCAGCCUCGUAGCCUCGCUCACCCCUCUGCCAUCCGCCUUUCCCGCUGUCUUCUGGCAUCUAAGUUUACCGGGGGUCCGCGUCGGGC